AUGUCAUCAACAGCAGACCUUGCAAUUCCACGAGGAGCGUUGGUAGUGGUGACCGGGGCCAACGGCUUCAUCGCCAGCCACGUGGUUGACCAGCUGCUGCUCGCUGGUUAUCAUGUAAGAGGCACUGUCAGAAACACCAAGAGAGCAGAUUGGAUGAUCGAAUACUUUAACACGAAGUACGGUGCAGGAAAAUUCGACCUUGUCGAGGUACAGCAGAUGGCUGAUCCUGGAGCAUUUGAUAACGCGGUUCAAGGAGCGUCAGGUGUGAUUCACCUGGCAACACCAGUGAUGCAAUCGUAUGAUCCAAAUGAAGCUGUUCCAAUGGUGGUCCAAGGUGCCCUCAAUGCCUUGAAGGCAGCGGCCAAAGAGCCCUUGGUCAGGCGUGUCGUAAUGACAUCCUCCUCAACAGCUGCCGCUAGUCCAGUGCCAAAUGUCGAGUUUGUUAUUGAUGAAAAGACAUGGAACGACGAAGCUGUCAAGGCCGCCUGGGCACCACCGCCAUAUGAAGGUGAACAACGCAAGCUGGACGUGUAUUCGGCAACUAAGACUCAAAGUGAACAGGCAGCUUGGAAGUGGGUGGAGGAGAACAAGCCUGAAUUCGUCCUCAACGCUGUCUUGCCCAAUGCCAACAUCGGGGUGGUGCUGUCGCCAGAACAUCAAGGGACACCUAGUACAGUCGGAUGGGUCAAGGCAGUGUGGGAUGGAUUCAAAGGGCAAGAACAACUGGCCUUCAACCCACCUCAAUACUAUGUCAAUGUGCAAGACACUGCCAGGGUGCACGUGGGAGCACUGAUCUACCCCGACGUCCAAAGCGAGCGACUGUUUGCUUUUGCUCACCCAUUCAAUUGGAAUGACAUUUUGGCCAGUUUCCGAAAGUUGUACCCUGAACACCACUUCAUCGACGAUAUUCCCGACCUUGGCAGAGACUUGAGCAGAGUCGCCAAUGGAAGAGCUGAAGAAAUCGUCAAGCGAUUUGGCAGGGCAGGGUGGACUAGUCUAGAAGAGAGCAUCCGCGACGCGACGCUGGGCUGGGCGGCGUCUGAAAAGUGA